AUGGUAGCAGUAGAACAACAACAGUGUCACCAACCACAACCACGACAAACCCUGUCUCGCGAGGAUAACAGAGGACGAAGCAAAUUAUCGUCGAAAUCUGCUAUUGCUGGUAGUGUGGAGAGCACAACGAUGCCUGUGCGAGUUCUACUUAUACAGGAACGAAUCACGUUCGAGGCUGCUGACAAGCAGAGAAAUGAUGCCCUAUCCAAGCAUUUCGGGGACGGCAAUUCAUCGUCUCAAAGCCCCCAGAGCGCUGGUGUUAAUGAUGCUGGCAUGAAAGUCAAAAUAUCACCCAUUGAUCAGGAUUUACACAAGAUCGGAGAGGAUAGGAAUUAUGCUUGUGGAUUUUCUUGGCAGUUUAGUUUUCUCGCGCUACUGGCGGGAUCCAGCAGCCAACAGCCCGACUGGACGCAGUGGACGGAGGGAGAAAUCAAGCCGCCAGAAGACUCUCGUCAGAGUCGUCACCCGAUGGUCCUCCUCUGGGGCCAGCAUGUGAAAGCCUCUCAACCUCAACAAUCAAGCGCGUCAUAG